AUGCAUUCUUUUUCUUCCUCUGAUCAUAAAAAGCAACGUCGUAAAUUGAAUAAAGAAAAUAUUGCACGUUUGGUGUUUCCAUCACUUUCUACUGGUCUUGGUAAAGUCCCAGUUGGUGAAGCUGUUCCUGUGGCUUGCGAUGUAAUCAACGCAUUCUUAUCCAAACAUAAAAUUAAUGAUGAUGACAAUGACAUUGGAUCCUUUGAAUUAAUACUUUAUGAUCCGGAUUUGAACGUAUUAAAAGCUUAUGAAACGCAAUUAAGUCAACAUGACAAGAUUAAAGAAACCCGAUUACGUCUUGUCAAUGAAUUAUUUACAGAUAAUAUGUCCUUUAUUUCUGGUUUAGAAUCAAGGUAUAUUGUUUGCGAAACUACUUGGCGUCUUAAACCCGAUGCACAUCAUUUCAGUAAGAAGAUCCUUGAAGCUAUUGGGCCUGAAUUGGAUUCAGAGAUAAAAAAGACAUAUUCCAAACCCGGAAUACUUAUAUAUGUGGUUUCACCAAAUAUGAGCUCAACGCCAGUCUCAAUAACUGAGUCAAAAAAACUCUUGAACGACGCGUACAGAACGAUGUUUGAUGCGUUUCUAUGCAUUAUACGUGGACAGAAAUAUACACCCAAAGGGCAAAAAGAAGAGUCUAAAAUAGAGAGCAAGGAAAAACCAAAGUCAGCUUUUGAUGUUCUGAUGCAGGGAUCUCGUAAUUCCAGUUCUUCCAUUUCAAAGUCUUCAUUAACCACUGCGACAGCAUCCACCGCUUCAUUCGGUAAAAAAGCUAAUAAGGGUUUUCAAUGGCAAAAUGCACUUCUCGAAUAUCUUGAAAAACCAGAGAAAUAUUCCAACGAUGAGAUGUACCACUAUGAUGACGAGUUUGUUAUCGUUUGGGAUAAAUUUCCAAAAGCAAAAAAGCAUUUUCUGGUGAUACCAAGACGUAGGAUUAAUUUUAUAGAUGAGUUGACCAGCGAUGAUUUACAAUUGGUUCAAAAGAUGAAAGAGAAAGGUGAAUGGGUUAUUGAGAGGAUGAAACAAGAAAAUCCUAAGCUUCAAUUUCGAAUGGGAUUUCAUACAAUACCGAGCAUGAAACAACUUCACAUGCACGUAGUCUCUCAAGAUUUUAUCUCACCAAAACUAAAGAAUAAAAAGCAUUGGAAUUCAUUUACCACUGGGUUUUUCAAAGACACAGACGAGAUAUUGAAAACGUUGCAGGAGAACGGGAAACUUCAGGCGAGAUUUUUACAAUUCUUUUUUGAUAAAGAUUUUUAUGAAGGAUUGUUGAAAGCUCCUAUGAAGUGUCAUUUAUGCGGGAAGAAAAUGAAUACCAUUCCAGAGUUGAAGGAUCAUUUAUUGAAGCAUUGGAAUAACGAAUAA